AUGAAUUUUUCCAUAACAGUAGUUCUUAUGCUUAACGGUUAUUCUGUUACUCUUCCAGUGCCUCGGCAGCCAGCAUUUGUUCUCAACAGCAGAUCAGGGCAGAGCUUAACAUUUAAGGCGUUGGAGUCGGAUCAAUCUACUAGCAAGUCAGCGCAAUGGUCUGUUGAUGAAGCAUCAAUCACUGAAGAGGAAAGUGGUGAAGGAAAAAGCAGCAUCUCAGCUGUUACAAUUGUAGCCAUUGUUGCCCCAAUUUCUAUCUUUAUUGUGCUGUUUUGCAUGGGCUACUGUUUCCUAAGGAGAAGGGCAAGACAGAAGUCUGAUACUCUACCGGAAGAUGGUGGAAAUGAAAUUUCAACUGUGGAGUCUCUGCAAUUUGAUCCGAGUAUAAUAGAAGCUGCUACAAAUAACUUCACUGAUGAUAACAAGUUAGGUGAAGGUGGUUUUGGUGAUGUUUACAAGGUCAUACUUCCUAAUGGGCAAGAAAUAGCUGUGAAGAGACUAUCGAGAAGCUCCGGGCAAGGGGCAGUAGAAUUUAAAAAUGAGGUGUUAUUGUUAGCCAAGCUUCAACAGAGAAAUCUUGUGAGGUUAAUUGGAUUCUGCUUGGAGGGAGAAGAAAGGAUUCUUGUCUAUGAAUUUGUUCCCAACAAAAGCCUUGACUACUUUCUUUUCGGUCAGGAUCUUCUUAACAUAUUUCCUUCAGGAUCUUCAAAACAUAUUAUGUGUAUUGAAUCUAACAUUCAGGUUAUUUUUGUAAUUAUUGCAAGGUUGAUCAAAGAAAUUUUGUUGUCCUUGUACCAACGUUGCUCUGUCUGGGUUGUCUUUAAUGGAUAUGCGUCUCCUGAAUAUGCAAUGCAUGGACAAUUCUCAGUCAAGUCAGACAUGUAUAGCUUUGGUUUCUUAGUUCUCAAAAUUUUAAGUGGAAAGAAGAAUAGUUCUUUCUAUCAAAUAGAUGGUGCUGACGACCUUGAGAGCUAUGAAGAUCCAGCUGACAGAACAACGAUGGGAAAAGUUGUUCUGAUGCUCAUCAGCUAUUCUGUUACUCUUCCAGUGCCUCAACGGCCAGCAUUUGUUCUCAACAGCAGAUCAGGGCAGAGCUUCACAUUGAAGGCAUUGGAGUCAGAUCAAUCUACCAGCAAGUCACUACAAUGGUCUGUUGAUGAAGCAUCAAUCACUGAAGAAAUGUUUUCUGAAUAA